AUGAAUUCUAAUAAUUCACGUACCGUUCCGGUACAGUUAAUCCGGAAAACAUCCGUUGAUGAUUUUAAUGAAAGAAUGAUCGGAAUGCUAGAUCAAGUGGAAAAGCGAGUAGAACAGCUAAGAGAAUCAGCUGGACAAUUGGAACAAGAAAAAGAAUCAUUAAUUAAUAUGCUUGGAAAUGUUAAUUUAGAUUCUGAAUUGUUACGCUUAGGACAAGCUAGUCGCUUAUUAAAUCGUUGUAAGACUGUCGAAGUAGUGGUAAAUACGCCGCGUAAUGCGGAACAGACAAAAGCGCUUACAAAUGUUAAUAAUUUGAUUGAAGCAGCAAUGAAUAAAAUGAAAGAUGAUUUAAAUAAUGCAAAAGAGGCAAUGAAGCGCUUUCUCAAUGCUUGCUCACCUGAUUUACCUGAUGGACCAAUUGAUCAACGAUUUCAAACUCAGGUUAUCGAGUGUACAGCAGAUGAUCAGAAGAAAAUACGUCGUCGUUUAGCUAUUUUGAUCAGUCAGAUCGAACGUGCUCAACGCUACAGUGCUGCUGAAUUUUAA